AUGCCAGGCUGCCCUCCCUCCCUCCCUCCCUCCUCCUCCCCCCUGCUCCCUCCCUCCUCCCUCCUGCUCCCUCCCUCCUCCCUCCCUUCCUUCUCCUGUUCAGGGCCAGACUCAGGCCAGACUCAGGCCAGACUCAGGCCAGACUCAGGCCAGACUCAGGCCAGGCCAGACUCAGGCCAGACUCAGGCCAGACUCAGGCCAGACUCAGGCCAGACUCAGGCCAGACUCAGGCCAGACUCAGGCCAGACUCAGGCCAGACUCAGGCCAGACUCAGGCCAGACUCAGGCCAGACUCAGGCCAGACUCAGGCCAGACUCAGGCCAGAUGUUGA